UUGACCCGCAAAAGGACACGAGAUAUACGAUCUGAGGAAAGAGAAAUAUGUUGACGCUUCUUGUUAUAACGGUUGCUCUGUGUUUCCAUGGGAAUGCAGCAUUCUUCUUGGAAACGUCUUCUAGAAAUGUAACACAAACAUUGUCGUCGACCAAUGGUGGUCAGUUUGGGAGCUGGGGUCGGGCGGAGUUCUGUCCACAGGGACAAUGGGCUGUAGGAUAUGACAUGAAGAUCGAAAAGUACCAGUUUACUGGCGACGAUACGGCACUGAACUCUAUAGCGUUGAUCUGCUCGGACAUGGAUGGGGCCCACUUUGGCUCGCACGCCAUAACCUCCACUGAGGGGCCGUUCGGGGACUGGAAAGGUCGAGUCACGUGUAACCAACGUCCGUCGAAGCCCAUGUUUUUGAGCGCGUUUAGCCUGCAAGUCGAGACCCCGCAAGGUUCCCUGGACGAUAACGGCGCCACCUGGGUGAAGUUCCAAUGCGAGGACAUGUACGGCACCACACAGAUGGAGGAAUUGAACAAGGACCCGGGCAAGAACUCAUUCGGGGACUUUGGGCCUUACUCCUCAAGCUGCGCCGCAGGGUCCGCAAUUUGCGGCUUGAAGACAAAGGUUGAGGGGAACCAGGGAAGCAAUGACGACACGACACUCAAUGACGUCCAGUUUUACUGCUGUAACGCCCGAGACCCCGGCCAUUAAGGAUAAAUGUGUAGUGAUUGUAUGAUUACUUAUAUAUUGACGGAAUAAAACGUUAGAACGCGUAA